AUGAUCUCACAUGUGAGGUCAGCGCUUUGUGCGUUCAUAAUGAAGGCUGCUGAAACGAAAUCCAAUCGUGCAUCUUGGCCAAUGAAGCAACAGCAUACGGUUGAACCACGCAAACAACGUGCUGCAGCGAUGGUGGCAAAAGAUGCGAUGAUUCUUAUGUCGAAUAAUGCCGUUGUUAAGGAUAUAAUCAAGUCACCAUCCUCAACGAAGAGAGAUCAUCCUGCGAUUCGUCCACAAAAACGAACUUCUAACGCAUCCGCCAGCUCUCCAUCGUCCGCGAAACAUGGAAAGAAUUCAGCAGAUUCAUCACUAUCCUCGUUCACGUUACAAGCAUCUUCCUCUAAAUCAGUCCCUGAAAUCGCAAACGAUCAGUCCAAUGGUAAUUUUACAAAUGAGCACUCCUCUGAAACAUCUGAUGUAAAUGCUCCGCAUGUACCUAGCGACCUGUCAAAAGAUCUCUCCAUCAACUCAUAUCCGCGUGAAUUGACUGUUAAAGAGGGAUCGAAGAAAGAAUAUUUGAAUAUGAGAAUUAUGCCACGAAUGCAAACAAUUGUGUGUAUGUUUCUGCAGUCUGAAAGUAAAUUGAUGCCAUGGAAGCAUGUGCUUGCGAAAUCGAUGCGUGCAAGUCGAGUUGGUAUGCGCAAUUUAAGUCGUGAUAUUGUCGAUAUAAUAAAUAACAUGCAAACCGAAGAAUCUUCCCCGGUCACGCCAGCUGUCACUUCACAGGUGGAUAACGAACCGUCAACAGACCAGCAAUCAUCACAACAGAAACCUAAUCAAGAGCCUCAAAGCACAGUCCGAAAGGUUGAAAAUGUGGAUACAAAAAAGAAAAAUUCCCAAAAAAGCAAAGUACCGAUAUCCGUAUCGUUAGAGGACGUGAUAUCUUCGGUAAUCUUGGACGCUAAAAAUGCAUCAAUGAAUAUCCAACAUCAGAUCAAUGAUUCACGAAGACAGGAUCGUAUGACGGUACAGGAAGUUAUUGCUGAACCACUGCCAUCACCGUCAAUCACGAAAACGUCCACGCCGAAAGCUAACAAAGCAUCAAAAGAUGUCGAUUUUCGAGAUCUAUCGCCUGGCAAAGCGGAACAAACGAAAAAGGCUGCAGAGACGAAAUCCAUUUUGAUUUGCGAUGAAGAGAUGCUUGGUGAGGAUGAUGUCAGAGAUGAUGCUAAAAAUAGGUUGGGCGGUAAAGUGCGUCGUGAGUUGAGCAACUCUGAAAAACUUCUUAUUAUAGCAGAUUUCGACGCAGGGAUGGUACCACACGAAUUACAGCAGAAAUUCAAGGCCUCGAAAAUUCAGAUAGCCGAAGUGCUCAGCAAUCGUGUUCCAAUUAUUCGUCAACAAACCGCUUCAUCAUCCGACGGUGUUGCGCUGAAACGACGUCGUACAAAUUUUGUUGGAUUGAAUAUUAUGAUGUGGCGAUUUUUUUGUGAUUGUCGUGAUCAAGGGAUAUUUUUGAAUGGCAGACAAUUGAAAGAACACGCUCUCACGAUUGCCAGACAGCUUGGUUUGCAUAAUUUCAAAGGAUCUGAGGGUUGGCUGGAUUCAUUCAAACGUCGACACAAUAUUGACUUGAAAACAAUGACUGGGCAUCCGGUUAUCUACGAAACAGAUAAUGAUGGUAAUGUGUUUUGUCCGGGUGAAAAUAUGAACGAUUCGUAUUGUGAGUACUCUGACUAUCAUUACUUUAUAUGUAUUUUCACUGCGUUGUUGUUCGCUUCUGGUAUUUUCGCCUCUGUGUCAUGUAUUCGUGAAUUUUCAGCGCCGCGAUCAGAGAGUCCUCGAUUAGAGGAACACGUGCUAAAUAAUAGCUCAUCAUCGAUGAUCGUUGAUGCAAAUCAAUUCCUGAUCGAUGCCGCCGAUGCAGCAGCCCGAGCCGUUACUUCGAGUAAGAAUGCAAAUAUCAGCACUGCAUAUCGCUUCUCACCUUCAAACAAUCUCAACACUCUUGCUAUUGCUGCUUGCAAUACUGGAGAUAUGGGUCCAUGUAAGGCGACGGCAGCAGUCCAUACAACGCAGCCAUUGGAUUUGGCUAUGCUACCGGCCACAUCCUCUGGCAUAUCAACAAAUUCUGGUGCAAAUAAAACAACACCAUCUGCCAAUCUCGCUCGUGGUUCUUCGUUGUUAACUCCAUUAUCCGACUUAUCAGGUACGAGUAAUGCCACACUUCAAGCUCUCGUCGAUUCAUGUUGUUAUCGUGUGGAUGAACCUGAGAUAACGCAUGCAAUGGAAACAAUAAGAUCGUAUAUCACGCUAAAUGAUAUGAGUUUACUGCCCACAUUAGUGACGCUUCAAAAGGGACUUGCUGCUAUCGCUUACAGCAAACGUUCGAAGCAGUCUACUAGUAACCAACAUUCAAACACAGUACCAACGCCAGUAACUGUUACUGUACCUUCUGUCUUUCUACCUGAGUCUACCGAGCCAAAGACAUCCUCAGUGAGCUGUUCACCAGUCACUUCGUCAUCAGCUACUGUAGUGCAUGGUAUACGAGUGAAGCCGUUGAAUGACUUCAAAGAUAAACUCAGCAAUACCAUCAAUUAA